UUCGUAGCUGCGGUCGAAAAUGAUUUCUCCUGUUCGCCUAGUUCAACUGAGUAUUAUGUUGUUUUCGAUUCAUAUAGCUAUAUGCAAACUGGAGUUUACCAACAUUAAGUGCAAAACUUUCGAUCCAGAGUUUGCCGUCUUUGACUAUUGCUUUCUAAAAUCAAUUAAUCGUACAUACAAAUACCUUUCCAUAAAAGUGAAAUUGCUAAAGACACCCAUUGCCAAAAUAAAGGUCAAUAUAGCAUCAUUCCAGAGACUAAAUGGCUAUAAACCCUUUCUGUAUAACGUUACAGUAGAUGGCUGCAGGUUUAUUAACAACAAAAAAUCGAAUCCUGUUAUGUCUUACUUUUUCAACUUCUUUCAAGAUUUCUCCAACAUAAAUCAUUCCUGCCCCUACGACCACGAUGUCAUUUUGGAUAAAAUUCCUGUAUCUCAUAUAAAUACGCAAGUAACCGACGUUCUUCCAGUUCCUCAUGGGGAUUACCUAUUCCACUCGAACUGGAUUGCUUACGAUAUUAAACGUGCUACUGUCGACGUAUAUAUGACACUAAACUAACCUAAAGAGGGUUAUUCAAAAGCGU